CGUUAGGCUAGAAAUAUCAAUAAGUUGAUCAUGUUUUCGCUGGUUUUGCUGGUGCUAUCUCUCUUGACUUUGGCGUGGUUCUAUCUAAAACACCAUUAUGACUUUUGGGCCCGUCGCGGAUUUCCAUACGACAAGCACUCCGGAAUUCCAUUUGGAUGUUUGGACACCGUCUGGAGACAGGAGAAGAGCAUGGGCUUGGCCAUCUAUGAUGUCUAUCUAAAGAGUAAGGAGCGUGUCUUGGGCAUUUAUUUGCUCUUCCGUCCGGCUGUUUUAGUCCGAGAUGCCGAAUUGGCACGUCGUCUUCUGGCCCAGGAUUUUGCUAGCUUCCACGAUCGUGGCGUUUAUGUGGACGAGGAGAAAAAUCCGCUGUCAGCCACUAUAUUUGCCCUACGCGGUCAGAGCUGGCGGUCCAUGAGGCAAAUGUUGUCGCCUUGUUUCACCUCCGGCAAACUAAAGGCCAUGUUCAGCACCUCCGAGGAUAUUGGUGACAAGAUGGUGGCCCAUUUGCAAAAGCAGCUACCGGAACAAGGUUCCGAGGAGGUGGAUCUGAAGAAAGUAAUGCAAGACUAUGCCAUCGACAUCAUUGCCUCGACCAUUUUCGGCUUGGACGUGAACAGCUUCGAAAACCCGGACAAUAAGUUCCGUAAAUUGGUGUUGAUUGCAAGAGUCAAAAAUAGGUUUAAUGCCCUGUUCUUUAUGCUAAUCUUCCUGGUGCCCUCCAUCGCCAAGCUCCUGUUUCGAAUGGGUAUUCAAAAUCCAGUCGGUCUGGCCAUGCUGGAAAUUGUCAAGGAAACCGUUGAGUACCGUGAAAAGCACGGAAUUGUGCGAAAGGAUCUUCUCCAGUUGCUUAUUCAGCUAAGGAAUACGGGAAAGAUUGAAGAGAAUGACGAGAAAUCCUUUAGCAUACAAAAGACGCCCGAUGGCCACAUUAAGUCUAUUUCGCUAGAGACCAUUACCGCCCAGGCAUUUAUAUUUUAUAUUGCUGGUCAGGAGACGACUGGAUCAACUGCUGCCUUUACCAUUUAUGAAUUGGCCCAAUAUCCAGAGUUACUGAAGCGCCUGCAGGAUGAAGUGGACGAGACGCUGGCCAAGAAUGACGGAAAGAUCACCUACGAUUCCCUGCACAAAAUGGAGUUUCUGGAGCUGUGCUUGCAGGAAACCAUUCGCAAAUACCCUGGACUUCCCAUUUUAAACCGCGAAUGCACCCAGGACUAUACGGUGCCCGAAACAAACCACGUCAUUCCGAAGGGAACCCCUGUUGUGAUCUCCCUGUAUGGAAUUCACCACGAUGCAGAGUACUUCCCGGAUCCCGAGAAAUAUGAUCCCGAUCGGUUCUCCGAGGAGAGUCGCAACUACAAUCCCACGGCGUUCAUGCCUUUUGGUGAGGGUCCCAGGAUUUGCAUUGCUCAGCGGAUGGGUCGUGUGAACGCCAAACUGGCGAUCAUUAAGAUCCUGCAGAACUUCAAUGUCGAGGUGAUGAGUAAACGCGAAAUUGAGUUCGAGAAUAGCGGCAUUGCCCUGAUGCCCAAAAAUGGAGUUCGAGUGCGUUUGUCCAAAAGAGUGCCCAAAUUAGCCUGAAUUUUGCACACUGAUGAAAUACAAUAGCUAAGUGGCAGUAAAUUCACUUUUGAUUAUAUUCAAUCCGUUAAGUGCUACAAUCGUCGAAAUGAUAAAAGAUAACCUCGGCCAGUAAAUAGUCCAAACAUAGUGUAAAUUCUACAUUAAAUCAUGUAAGAAAUGAAUUAAUGCACUUUUAAUGGUUGAACUUAUUGCAAUCUUUAUGUAAUAGUUACAGGACUAUUGUCAUUACCAAUAGUUUUUUAAAAUUGGAAGAUUCGACCUGUGAUAACCUUCACUCGCAAAUAUGUUAAUAUGUUUAAGAACUGUUAAAAACAAAAAGUUGUAAGCAUCCUAUUUCAAUUUGAAUUCUUUUAUAAAUAUAAGGGCACUUAGAGAAUAAAAUCACUAUCGAUUAGAAGUUUGCCACUUUGAAAUCGGAUGUCUGUAAGAAUUGUUAUGGGCCUAAAUGGUUUUGUAGAUUUUGGGUACUUUUCUGCAAAGCCAUUUUUCGAAAAAAAAUGUUUUAAAAAUGUCGAAAAAUCGAACUCAAAAUACAAACCAAGUUGUAAACACAGAUUUUUAGAGAAUUAAACCGCAAUCAUUUAGAAGUUUGCCACUUUGAAAUAGUAUAUCUGUAAGAAGAGUUAUGGGGAAGUACAACAAAAAUACAAAUCAAG